AUGGCAUCUCACGGGGACUCAUCAGCCCGCCCCGACCUGGGCUCCUUCACCAUCGACGAAGCCGUACGAGAAUGGCAUCGCCCCCUCAAAGACUGGCACGCCACGCACCGCAACCAAGGCCAGCAAUGGGACGGGAUAGCAACAGCGUGCGCCGUCUUCAACCGCGAGGGCAAAGUGCUCAUAAUCCAACGCGCGGCGCACGACUCGCUGCCGCACAAGUGGGAAAUGCCCGGGGGCGCAGUCGACUCCGACGACACCACCAUCCUCCACGCCGCCGCGAGGGAACUCUGGGAGGAGGCGGGGAUGGUUGCGCGGCGCUUCGUCGAUGUCGUGUGCACGGGGCCGGAUCGCAAUGUGGGCGAUUUGUACCGCAGUCGGGACCGGACGAAGACGUGGUGUCGCUUUACGUUUUUGGUGGAGGUGCAAGGGGCGGAGAGGGUUGUGCUUGAUCCGAAUGAGCAUCAGGAUUACUUUUGGGCGACAGAGGAGGAGAUUCGAGGGCAGAGGAGUGGGGAGAGAGGAUUGACUAUCACCAAGGACACGGUCGUUGCUCUCAUUUUGGAGGCCUUUCGGAUGAGGAGGAAGCGCAGUGGUGCGUUAUGA